AUGAAUGGCUUUGGGUCUUAUAAUUGGGCUUCUUUGCAAAAACCGUAUAGGGAAUCCCAAGCUUUAAAUGAUAUUGAUAAUGCUAUGAAUUUUAUAGAACAAAAUCAAAAUGAAAUAUCAGAUUCAUUAAGUUCAUUUUGUUCAUCUCCUUCAAGUCCUAGAUCUUGUUUCGAUUCUGAGUUUACUCCUCGAUCUAAAGUUAAAGCUAUGUUAGCAAAAUUCGAUAUGGAUAAAUCUGAACUAUAUGAUAGUAAAGAUGAUAGUUCUUUGUCAAAUAGUCCUAAGCAAUUUAUUGAUGUUGGAAAAUAUGCCGAUGUUCCUGGAAAGAACCAUAAUACUUAUUUAAAUGAGAAUUCGUCAUUAGAUGUUGUUUCUACAAAAGAUGGUGCUUAUGAACGAGUAAAAAAUAUGCUUAUUAAUAAAAAUGUUAUUAAAAAUGAUAAAAAUUAUCAUAAUAUUAGUAGACAUUUUUAUAAGAAAGAAAAAAGAGAAGAUUGUUGUGAGAAAUAUUUAAAUAGGGAUGCAUCAAAUAUAUUGGAUGUACCUUUGUUUUUAGAAACAUUUGAGAAACCGAUAUCUGACUCUAGUGAAUAUGUGUCAUCUAAUAAUGUAAAAUCUAAGGAAUGUUUGGAAUUAAAAGAAAAAAUGUGUUUAUCACAGUUAAGUUCAAAAAAAUAUACACGUUUAGAAAUACAAAAAGUAAAUCCGUCUUCUGAUGAUGUAUCAUUGGAUCAUUCUUCUAAAUUUGAAAAGGAUUAUUCUUCGGCUAAGACUGAAAUUUUAAAAAAAGUUCCUACUAAAAAAGUGAUAGAAGGGAUGCGAAGGGAAACAGAAAGAAUGAAUAGAGAUAUGGCAUUGGUUCCUGAGACAAGGGUUGAUAAAAAAACAUCUAUUUUGAGUUUCUUAAGAAAUGUGGGUUAUGGUUUUGAUGUUUCUCAAGAGUCGCUUCUAGAAAAGAAGAUUUCUGAUGAAAAUUUUGACACUAUUUAUACUACUGGGUCAAAUAUUUCAUUUAUAGAUAAUAAUUUGUCUCAUAAAAAUAAUAAUUCCCUUGAUAUUUCUCCUAAAGAUCAAACACAGCUUUUCUCAAAUUCUGAAAAACCAGAUAUUAAGGCGAAAUUUUUAGAAGUUGGAAGAUCUUGUUUAACUUCUAAACAAAUUAACUCUGUUAAUUAUAAAAAUCAAAAAAAAAAUAUAUUUGAAACACCUGUUUCUGAAAAUACCUCAGACUCUGAAUUAGAAGUUGAAUGUUUAGUUUAUGAUUCUAAAAUUCAUAAGGAUGAUCCUAAACUGUUUUCACGUUUUGGAAAUACUUCUGUUUCUUAUUCCGAACUAGCUAGGCUUGGCUCGCCAAGUCAAUAUAAUCGAAUUAAAAAUAAUUUGUUUGAUCGUGAAUUAUUAAUGAAGGCUGCUGAGCAAGUUAAAUCUGAGCGUCUUGAGCGUGAAGAGGAAUUUAAACAGAAAGGCAUUAUUUUAACUUUUGAGGAAAGGGCAAAAGAAAUUGUUCAAGCAGAAGACUUGGUAGAAAAGGCAAGAUUAGAAGCGGAGAAAAUCAGAAAAAAAGAGAAUAGGAUAUAUAAUGAUGAUAAUAGUGAUUGUACUGAUGUAUGGGAUGAGGAAAUAAGUGAUGUUCAGAGUGGUGAAGAAAGUAAUGAAACAAUUGACUAUAAUGUUGAAAACGAUAAUGAGGAUGUUUAUAGUAAUAGUGGUAAUGGGAUUAUUUAUACUGAUAAUGACGAUAAAGAUAAUGAUGCUAAUUUGGGGGAUAUUAGAGAUGCUACUGUGAUGUAUGACGCUGAUGAAUCCUAUCAUUUAGAUUCAUUGAAUACAAAACCAAAAGGAAUUCUAUAUAUUUCAGAUGAGAUGGAAGACACUAUUAUUAAAACAAGAGCUUUUCGGAAUAAUAAUUGUAGAGUUAUAAUGGAGGAUGAUGAAUAUGACGUUGAUAAUGUUAAAUGCUUGCAGGAUUAUGUUGGGGAUACUCUUAAUCUUUCUCGGAUUUCUUCUUUAUCUAUUAAUAAUAUUAAUGGUUAUCUUCAAUUACAAAAUAAUGCUGUUGAUAAAGAAGUGGAAAAUAGUGCUUUGAAUGCUCACUUUUUAUCUAAUAAAACGCCUUCUGAGUCAUUUCAAAUGAAUACGGAUGUUGAUUUAAAAAUACCGGAUGAUUUAAAUAAUGCCAAUUGCAAAUUGUUAUGUUCUUUUAACAGUGGUUUUGAAAAAGUCGAGAAGGAAUUUCAAAAUAUUCAAUUAUCCAUGUUUGAUCCUUCAUCUUCGGAUAUAGUUUUUUGUAAUUCUUCUCUAUCUUCUAGAUAUCCUCAUUUGGAUAAUGCACUUAACUCUAGUGUAAAUGCAGAAUUAUCUUCAGGUGUUUUAAUUCAAGGGGAUUUAAAAAGAAAAAAGCGCCUUGUUUUACGAAAUUCACAUGAUGAAGAUUAUAAUGAUAUUGAAAAUAAUAAUAACAAUAUUCUUUAUAAUACAACUUCUAAAUAUAGUCAUGGAGUUGAUAAUAAGCAUUUUAUAUGUAAACCUGAAGACUUUAUUGAAGAUCAAGCCCAAGAAUCUGAUGAUGAAUAUGCGGGUUUGGGAGGAGCAAGUGAUGAUGAUGAUGAUGAUCUAGAUAAUAAGGAAAUUGAAGAUAUUAUUGACAAUACAAUUUCUCCUCAGGAUAUAGACGUAACUGAUAUAGCAGCAUAUUAUAUGAAGAAAGAAAUGGAGGAUGAUUCCAAAAUUAUUAAUAAUUUGCUUAAUGACAUAACAACAGGCAAUUUGAGAAAAAGACGUGGUAUGUUUUUUGGUUUGAAUGAUUUAGACGAUGAGAAAGAAACGCUUAAAAGACGCAAUAAAAGGGCUUAUAUCAUAAAACAAAAACUCUUGGAUAAUCAAAAUCUUUCUUUUAUGGCUGAUAAUCCUAAAAUGAAGGCAUUUUUAACUACGAUAGAAGAUAAUCAGGAAAAUUUGCCGCUUUCUAUAGAUUUCAUUGAUAACGAGUCUUUUAAAACACAAGAAAAUAUAGAUGAUACUACAAGUUUAACUUUUUCUAAUACUACUUUGAAUAUUGAUAAUAAUAUUGUCAAAAAUACGUUUAAAUCUGAAACAUUGUAUUCUAGUAAACAUCUAGAAGAAGAAUCUUUGUUUUCUAUUGAGGAUGAAAGUGCAGAAAUAUUUAAAGAUGAAUUGAUUGAUAAUGAUAUGGAAAGAAGAUUUAGUUGUCUUACAAAUGUUGUUGAUAGAACAUCGAGUAGAUAUGUGUUAAAAGAGUCUUCUUCAUCUUUGACGUUUAAUGCUAGAGGAAAAUUAAUAAAAUUGUUUUCUAAUGGAUCUUUUUUUCAAAAAAAGCGCAAUUUAUUUAGUAAUAAUAAUUUUCAACUUGAAAAUAAAGAAAAUCCUUUAGGAGAAAUUUUAAAUACAAAUGUUAUUACUUCAAAAUUAGCUUCUAGAGCAGUGAAUUAUAAUAAACCAGUUGCAAAGAAUAUAAAGACUAUUAAUUCUAAAUUAUUAAAUAAAAAAGUUGUGAAUGAAAAACGAAAAAAUGUUCUAUUAAAGUUAUUUCAAGCUAAUACAAUUACUGUAUAA